UUGUGUUCUACAAGACAUUUUCCCCCGAGGAGAUGUGCGGCAUUAAAUUACAUAUGAAUAUAAAAAUGGUGUAUUCACAUAUGCAUGUAGGUUAUCUGUAUAUAAGCUAUUUGUUUUUCCUUUUUCUUUUGGUCGCUUUGCCUCGAUUUUUUUUUUAUCUGUCGCUUUUCACUUUUAUCCGUCUCAACUGUUGUCAUCAAUCCCAUGUUAUCAUCAGCGCGUGAAUUCUCUCCUCUAGUGUUAUUCAAUGAUUUUUCCUCCAGUCGACUAGCAAUGUCCUUGCAGAACAAUGCUCAGCACCGCAUGAAGGUGGACCAGCAUCGAGAGAAGACGACCAAAAUGCUUGAAGCCAAUGCAAGAUAUUGGACGGUUCCGCCAUACGAUAGCAGCGUUCACGGAGAUUUCGAUUAUGCAAAGGACAACGAAGUACAUGUGUCGCCAAGUACAUCCAUGAUUUACACUUCAACGCCACUGAGUGUAAAAGGCCUCUUAUCAGCUGAGGCUCCCGUGCUGAUCGUCAAUGUACCAUCAUCCAUCGAUCUUCCCGUUCCUAGCACUGACAUCAAUAAAAAACGUCGUCGCGGCAACCUUCCCAAGCAAGUAACGGAAUUUCUCAAACGCUGGCUUCUUUCCCAUAAGAAGCAUCCCUACCCUUCCGAAAAAGAAAAAAUCGAACUCGCCCAUCGUACUGGUUUAACUGUCAACCAAAUCAGCAAUUGGUUUAUCAAUGCACGCCGGCGCAUCUUGCAACCAUUGCUCGAAUCGGAAAACCUGACGGCGCAAAUGUUUGCUUGCCCAGAUACUGAUUUACUCGCAGCUGAACAAAGGCGACGACGACAACUCGAUAUCUAUGCUUAUCAAGGCUUCACAGAAUUGUCUGAGGAAGACAGUAGCAGACGAUGGAACGUCCGUCGAACAAAGCUGACCAACUUUGACAUGGAUCAUCAAUACUCAUUGAGCAUGCGAUAAACUUCCCUUUCUCUCGCUUACUCCAUCAUUUUCCCUUUCUAUUAUUUAUUAUUCGUAUAGCAUUAUCUUUCCUCAUAUACAUAUAUUUUAACUAGUUAUUUCCUAUCUAUGUACAAUACCCAUACUGUCUGCUUGCCACUCGUUCCUU